AUGAAAAGCGAAGGACAAAUCAGUACCGAGAAGUUUUCUGUCGACAGUAGAGACAACACGGACAUAGCAAACAGCUCGGAUUCAAAAAGGCGCCUGUGUUGUCCUAUGACAUCCUGUUUGUCUACUCGAUUUUCCGCAUGCAGAAGAGGAAGCGCAACAGGCGAAAUCAACGCCGUGGACAAAUUUGACGAUAUAGACAAUAUUGUGGACAAUUACAAUGAAAAUGCGGCUCCGUCUAAAAGGAAAUUGCCUCGAAAAUCGAAGGGAUUAAACGUAAAGAGUAAACUCCGAAAGACUUUCUCAAUGUGCUGCGCUCAUGGUCAAGACGUAUCACUAGAUGAGACAGAUGCAGAUGAAUUUGACAGCAUUGAACGUGAAAGUCGUGCAGACGAAGAUGAGACGAACCGGACUAAAACUACGAGUGAUGAAUUUGACACAACUUCCGAUGAGCAAUCAAAGAGUGAUGAGGUAAAACCAUUACAAAGUUUCUGGAAAUUAUUGAAACCUUACAAUACCAUUGACGAAGACCCGAAUAUGUGCUCAACACCAACAAAUGUUCUUCAGGUUUAUGCAGCUGAUGUUAGCUCAUUGAUCCCGCAACGUGCAGACAUUCUUGGUUCAGGAGACGGGGGUCAAAGGGCCCCGAUUUGGAACUUGGUUUCGGACUGUGAAUUCUCGGAUUUAACAGCUUCAGACAGCCUCACAUCGGCAAGUAGUUGCAGUAUUUCAGCCCUUCUUGAUGAAAUAGAUGCUGAUUGUUGUAGCCCUAGGAAAUGCACAUAUUUAAAGGAUUCAAGACCUUGUAAUUUUGAUAAAGACUCGACUUCUACAGCACCUUUGUCGCAGCCAGACGACGAAAAGACCAGCCUCGCGAUUCCAAUAAACCAACAUCCAAUCACUAGCAAAAAUUGUGCCAAAUCUUCUGAAUACCAACAUCAAUAUUGUAAAAAUGAUACCCCGAUUCUAGUAAAUCAGCAGCAAAUUUCUCGUAAAACUGAUCCCACGGUUUCUGUAAAUUCAAGGUCAAACGCUGUCAAAAACAUGCUCAUGCAUAUUGUAAGCCAGCAACCAACUCAUUGCAAAGUCGAUGGCACGGUUCCAAUUGAUUCAAACCAGACUGCUGACCAGAACAACACAAUGAUUCCUGUAGAGAACCAGACAACCAUCAAUUCCAAUGUUCAAGAAAAUCCGCGAUCAGCUGGUAGCAAAAACGACCAACAGUUAGUUUCUGACAAAAUCGAUUCGACAGUUCAAGUAAAUUCCCAGCAACAUUUUGGCCAAAUGGUUACCUCGUAUCCUGUGCAUUAUAAAAACUCAAACAAUGGAGCUGUACGGCGGACUACAGAAGCCAGUGUGAUUAUAAACCAUGAGCGUAGAUUAUUACAUAUUGUACACACUAUGUUAUCAAGGGGCGAAAUAGAAUUCGUUCGGUUACCAGCUAGUUCAUUACCCGGAGAAGAUGACGGCAAGCUUGUGGAAUUUAUAUAUGCCAAUAGUGGGUUCUCGCACGAAGAAGCUAGAGAUCUAAUGAAAGGAAUAAACAAAUUGAUAAAUAAAAAUGCAAUUGUAUUUAAAUUUUCGGAAAACCUGUCUUCGGGCAAAAGAUUUACUGUUUCAUCUUUUAAUGGAGAAAAGCUGAUGCUGAGUCAGGAAGUAACGGCAUCCGCUUCCGCAGAAGAAAAUAGUUCCAAUUUGACAGAAGACAUGAAUCAAAAUGAACAAUAUUUCGCGCCAGAUAGAGAAGAAACAAGUAAUACGAUUGUCUCCGCUGUUAUAAAUGAUAUUUUUGAUGCGGCUGAUGACUGUGUUACAACAUUGAAAGAUUACAUUACAAUGAUACAUGACGACAGAUUUUCCACAGUCUUAGAAGAUAUACUAACAGCUGGGGAAGGUAGAAUUACAUCUGUAAUGGACUAUGUAGAUAUUCUUCGCGAUGGACAGUUUUCCCCAGUGUUGAAUAGCAUAGUAAGUGUUGAUGAUGAUGAUAGCAAUACACAGCUUCGGAACUACAUACGUACAAUCACUGAAGGACACUUUCGUAUGGCAUUAGAGAACGCUCUGAAAGCUUGUAGCGGAAACAGUUACACUCUUUUAGAUUACAUCCGAGUAAUUCGGGACGAAAAUAUCAUUGAGACGCUCGCUGUAAUACUGCUAGCUAGCGACUUACCUGACGAAUAUGUCCAAGCAAUAGUCCGAGGGACAUUUGAUCAAGAAGCAGACGAUAUGUCAGAUAGUUCAGCAGAUGCAUCAACUCCACAUAGCAUAUCAGUUCAGGUGCAAAGAAGAAUUUCUGCUAUCCGCGAAAACAUAGCCAUUGAUCGAAACAGAGCUCGUCGUUCAUUUUAUGACCUACCUGUUAGAAACGUAGAUGGCUUUAUAUCCCCACUUUCAGAGAACGAACUUCCACGUGCUACCUCAUCAAAUAUUCCGGAAACGGAAGUUCAACUUUCGGAUGUCAACGAUUCCGAUCUCACGUCUGUGUGCGAUGGGGUAAGUGUAAUUCAGAAAAGAAAUGCAAAUUGUCACGACAAUACUCACCAAGAUGCUAAUAUUCCCUUUGUAGACGAUGCACCGUUCCAACAAGGAAACAUCGGAAAUGAGAAAUUGCAGUCAACUAAAGACGAAACACAUAAAAGCAAGAACAACUGCGCUAAAUGGGCAGUGAGUAAACCUAUUGUCCGGCAAAAGUUGUUCAAUAGAGAAACAUCAAGACCAUCAACUAGAUAUGACUCUGCCCAUCAAGCGAAGAACAGAAGUAAGUCAAAAUACAAAUCAUCAACGAAUCAGCCAUCUUCUGUAACCAUAGCAGCUGCAGAUGGAAGCUCGAGCCUUGACAAUGUUAGUGGGACAUCUGAGGUGAAACGUAGCAAGGCAGAACAUGCUUUGGACCUUACAGAGAAACAAGAUUCUGAAGAAACAUCAGAUACUACAAGCAUCCAAGGUAGAAUAAUAAAAACUGCACGACGACGAACAAGAGGUGUGGCCAGACAAGAAAACGAAUCUACACCGUACAGAUUUGAUCCGGAAACAGUUUCAUCAGACGAGAAGAAAGAAGAGAGGCCGACCCAAAAUCAACUACCUCCGCUUCACUCUAUCGACAGUGCCGUUGUCCCCAGUGCGGAUGAGACAACGCCAGUAUAUAUAGAGACGGAGGCAACAAUUGAUUAUGGGCGUUGCGUUGUAGAACCAGGGCACGGGGAACGCCCAGAUAAAAAGAAAUUACGUGCUGAGAUAAAAGAAAAAGUGAAAACAAAAGGAGAAGCAAACAAACAUCUAAGACCUGGUAGAGAAAAUCACGCUAACGACUACGAAACCAUGAUGGAGGAGUACCUCGCAGUUGUCAUAGAUGAAACUAAAUAUAGAGAGGAUGUUGAAAAUGAACCGGAAGAACAGGAAGAAUGUGCGCGCGCAGCGUCACCUGUCAUUCUGAAUGCUGUCGAUCAGCCACAGGUGCUCGACGACAGAGAAUUCCACCUGGUUCCUGAAGAAAUCAAAAGAGCAGACGACCCCUACCUGGAGGACGUGGAAGAAGAUUAUAAAGUGUCAACGACACCACAUUCGAGCAAGAAGGAAAAAAGGAAACAGAAGAAUGACAGAAAGAAAGAGAAAAGGUCCAGAAAGGGCGGUCAAACUGUUCUCAAACUGUCGUGAUAAUUUAAAACUGAAAUCAAAUUAUAUAGCCCUGCAGAUAGGAC